UUGUACUGUUCUUUCAGCAACAUCAGUACAAGUUCACAUCUCCUAUUCUGCGGGCAGAGCCGAGGAGAGCUGAGAACCGACAGGAGUUGAAGAACACGAACAACAAACUGAGAAAGAAACAGAGCUCCACUAAUUCAGUGACAGGGCAGGGUCACGCACCAUCUCUGCACAAUACACGAGGCGAAGGUCUCAGCGAUGAUGUCUCCUCUCCUCCCUCUUUUGUCCCUGCUCGUCUCCUCUCUCGCACUUCCCUUUGAGCAGAGGGGUUUCCUGGACUUCUCGCUGGAUGCUGGCGAGGGGGGAGUCUCGAUGAUGAUGAUGAACGAUGAGGAGGGCUCAGCCAUCGAGGAGGAGACCCCCGCUCCCCCCGGCCCAGGACCAGUCUGCCCCUUCGGCUGUCACUGCCACCUCAGAGUGGUGCAGUGCUCCGACCUGGGUCUGACCUCAGUUCCCAAGAACAUCCCCUCAGACACAGCCCUGUUGGACCUGCAGAACAACAAGAUCACAGAGCUGAAAGAAAGCGACUUUAAGGGGCUCCACAACCUCUACGCGCUCGUCUUGGUCAAUAACCGCAUCUCCAAGGUGAGUGGGAAGGCCUUCCAGCCUCUGAGGAGUCUGCAGAAGCUCUACUUCUCUAAGAACCUCCUGACUGAGAUCCCGCAGGGCCUGCCCCCCUCGCUGGUGGAGCUCAGAAUCCACGAGAACAGAAUCAAGAACGUCCGCAAGGAGGCCUUCAAGGGACUGGGCAGCAUGAACUGCAUCGAAAUGGGGGGUAACCCCUUGGAGAAUAGCGGAUUUGAACCCGGGGCCUUUGAUGGACUGAAACUUAACUACCUGCGAAUCUCUGAAGCCAAACUUACUGGAAUUCCCAAAGAUUUCCCAGCCAGUAUCAGUGAGCUGCACCUCGAUCACAAUCAGAUUCAAGCCAUUGAGCUCGAGGACCUCAUCAGAUACAAGAAUCUCUACAGGCUGGGUCUGGGGUACAAUCACAUUCGCAUGAUUGAGAACGGCAGCCUUGCCUUCGUCCCAAACCUGAGGGAGCUUCACCUGGACAACAACCGACUGAGCAAGAUACCAGCCAGCCUGCCGGACAUGAAAUACCUGCAGGUGAUCUACCUGCACGCUAACAAUAUCAGCCAGGUGGGAGUGAAUGAUUUCUGCCCUCAAGGCUUCGGUGUGAAGAGAGCUUUCUACAACGGCAUCAGCCUCUUCAGCAACCCUGUCAACUACUGGGAAGUGCAGCCUGCCGCCUUCCGCUGUGUCACCGACAGACUGGCUAUACAGUUCGGAAACUACAAGAAGUAAAGCGAGAGGAGAGGGAGAGGGGGAGAGGAGAGGAGGGAGAAAACACAAGCAUUUUCUGUUUUUUGUUUUCAUUUUAUUGCAUAAUGUUAGCGUUGUAUGUUGGUGUAUAUUAGUGAUGGAUGACACCUGAAAGUUUUCAAAGUCUCCUAGCUUGUACUUCCUGAGGUCACUUUCAUCCCAACAUCGAAAAACAACAUUUAUUUAAAACAAUGAGACUGGCAUUUGUGAUCCAGGUUGGAAAUGAAAGUUUGUGAAUCUCUUGGGAGUGUCGCCUCACAGACUGGAAGUGAAGGCUGAUGGGAUAUGUAUUUUUUUUAUUUUUAUAUAUAAAGAACUACAGCUCCCAGGUUAUAGUAUUUUCAUUUGAUAUACCAAGUAGGAGGCAGGGGGUAGGGAACUGAGACUAGAUCAGGGAGCAUCUAAUAAACCGGGCUCAUCCAUCACUGAUAGACCCCCACACACCUCUACCCCCUCCCUACCAGACAACUUUAUUCUCCAGUGGUUCUUUAUUUUGAGUUUAUACCCAUUUUUUUCCCCAAAAAAUCUAAAAAAAGUUACCCUUUUUUCACCCACAAUUUGGGCUCAAGUUCUGAUUCAUUCUUAUUUACCCACCCUUAAACAGCAUCUUUUUUUUUUUUUUUUUUUUUUUUUACCAAUUUUUAUUUGACCAAUUCUUUUCCAGACUCAAUUUUAAGGCAAUUCCACAUAAAUAGAACAUUAAAUGGACCUAAUUUAGCUGUAAGCCUAUAUUCAAUGUAAGAAUCAAUUUAUAUUAGAAAUAUUGACAGUUAUUAGCAGUUCUUCAAGCUUGAAGUUCUAAAGUAUUUAUGAGCUCUUAAACUAUAACUGUGUGUCUUGUCUACUGAUAUAGGAAUAUACGUCAUAAGAUCAAUAUUUAUCUUAAAAACUAAAUAUUUCCACCUAUUUGGACCCUGUUUUUCAUUCAAUUUAAGAUAAAAACACCCAAAUGAAGAGUCGCAUCUUUAGUGUAAAGAAUAGGUUGUUUUAUUUUUGUUUUGUCUUAUUGUUCUUGUUUUUUGUCAUUUCUAAAGAAUAAAAAAAAAUGCUUUAUUGGUA